AUGGCCAUCACAACCCCUUUCCAGACGCUUUUUGCGGUGCCAAUGUCUUGCGAAAGCUGUGUGAAAGACAUUUCGGGAUCAUUGCACCAGCUCAGCGGAAUCCAAAAAGUGGAAGCGAACUUGAAAGACCAACUCAUUACGAUAGAAGGAACAGCGGCACCCUCUGCAAUAGUUGCUGCUAUUCAGGCUACGGGGCGAGAUGCCAUUCUAAGAGGUUCAGGAGGUUCGAACAGUGCUGCGGUCUGCAUUCUCGAGACGCAUGCAGAUACAGUAUCAGAUCCAGUUCGGGGUCUGGCGCGAAUGGUUCAGGUCUCUCCCAAGUUAACGCUGAUUGAUCUUACGAUUCGUGGUCUGUCGCCGGGGAAGUAUUGGGCUACGAUUAGGGAGACGGGGGAUAUUUCUCGAGGGGUUGUUUCAACUCGUGGAAUAUGGACCGAUCCCAAAGAGGGCGCUCUGAAGCCUCGCGGUUUCUUGGGGACUGUGACGGUGGGCAAGAAUGGGAUGGGCAGUGUCUUCAUUGACAAGCCGAUUGAGAUAUGGGAGAUGAUUGGAAGGGGUUUGGUGGUGUCGAAGCAGCAUGAAGGGGAAGGCAAGUUUGAGAAGAACGAUGAGGAUACAUUGGUAGGUGUGAUUGCAAGAAGUGCUGGCGUUUGGGAUAACGACAAAACGGUCUGCUCGUGUUCAGGGAAGACGUUAUGGGAAGAGAGGAAGGAUGAAGUACGGAAGGACACCAAAGAAGAAAUCUGGAAGAAGCAUCAAGAUGACCGAGCUUUCGAGUCUAAUCUCACAAUGGUAAAUGUCAAACGUCAAGCUUUCAUGCGUUCCCGGCAGAUGUCUCGAAUCCCUGUGAGUGGAUCCUCCGAAUUGCUUGUUCUGGAUCAUGCGUGCCUUGAAAAGUUGAAAGAGAUCAAUAGAGUUGCCAAACAUGAGACCAAGAAGCAUUCUCCGUUCUUCACAGGCCCACUCGCAGAAUGCCCAGACGGCGCUCCUUGGAGAUAG